AUGGUGGACGGAGAUGCCGAACAAAGCAUUCCAUUGCUUUCGGACACUCCAUCAUCUUCUUCCACACACGCUAGUAUUUCUUUCGGAGGAGUUAAUUUCUUGUUCAUUUCUCUCCGGUUUGGAUGUGAAGGGACGGUGUGGACUGCAACUGCCCACGUAAUAACUGGGGUUAUAGGGUCUGGGGUGCUGUCACUUGCAUGGAGUGUAGCUCAGCUGGGAUGGAUCGCAGGUCCUUCGUGCUUAGUGGUGUUUGGGGCAAUUGCCGUUUUCGUUUCCUUUCUUCUUUGUGAUUGCUAUAGGUGUCCUCAUCCUGAAUUUGGACAAACCAGAAACCAAUCAUACGCUGAAGCUGUGAAGUCAUUCUUAGGAGAAAAGAGUAUGUGGGUGUGCCAAGCUUUCGUUCAAGAAAGCUUCUAUGGAUAUGGAAUAGCUUACACAAUAACAGCCGCCAUCAGCAUGAGAGCAAUCCAGAAAUCGAAUUGUUACCACAAGGAAGGGCACAGUGCUCCUUGUGAAUACGGAGAUAGCCUAUACAUGUUGCUCUUUGGAGCUGUUCAGGUUGUCGUUUCUCAGAUACCUGACUUCCAUAACAUGGCAUGGCUCUCAGUAACUGCUGCCAUCAUGUCCUUUGCAUACUCCUCCAUCGGAUUGGGGCUUGGAUUAGCGAAAACUAUUGGAGAUGGAAAGAUUAAAGGGGACAUCCAAGGAGUUCCUGAACCUACGUUAAUGAAAAAAGUAUGGGUCGAUGCUGAAGCAAUUGGUGACAUCGCUUUUGCUUUCACAUACAACAUUAUUCUUCUAGAGAUAGAGGUGAUACUCUUCCUUCCACUCAAGCUACCUACAAAUAUUGCGGCAGCAUUGAGUGAAAACCGUCAGUUUUGCACGGUGGAACUUUCCGGCUUUGUAGGGAGAAGGAGACCUAUUUCUCGUUUGGAUCUCUUUGAUACUGUUAUUGAAGAUACUCCUCUUGUUUCUCACGAAAAGGUGUACAGUCAGCCACUGUUUGCGGCGGCGGAAGGAUGGAUAACCAGGAAGCUCCCGGCCAGUGGAUUUGUGAGCAAGGUUUAUGCCGUCAAGCUCCCAAUGCUGCCUGUCCUGGAGCUCAGUCUUCUCCGGCUAUGCUUCAGAACGGCUUAUGUUGCUUCUACCACUGGAAUCGCUCUACUUUUUCCUUAUUUCAACGACGUAUUAGGGGUCUUAGGCGCCCUCAACUUCUGGCCUUUGGCCAUAUACUUCCCUGUGGAGAUGUUCCUUGUGCAGAAGAAGAUCAGAGCUUGGACAAGAAUGUGGCUUGUUUUGCAGGCUUUCAGGGUAGUCUGCUUGCUUGUGACCGUCCUGGCCCUCAUUGGGUCCGUAGAAGGACUUAUAAGUUCCAAAUCCAGCUAA